ACUGCUUACACGCAUGAAGGCCAAGUGCUAUGUGCCAUGCACUGCUGGAGUCACGUGGCGCGGGGCACAUGCCUCGUGCUGGCGCUGGCGCCUGUGUUGCACUACAUGACCGCCUGGGCGCCCCUCGCGCCGCGGCCCUUGACGCCGCCGGCGAGCGCCCUGGCGCCUAAAACGGCGCCGGCGUCCGCUUCCGCGGCGCCCGCGGCGCCCGAGGCGAAUGCGACGAAUGCCACGGCCCAGGUGAAGCCUUCGAAGGAGGAGUCGAAGGUUCCCGGCGCCGUGCUGCUGCUGACCUCCCCGAAGACGGGGAGCACCUCCCUGCUGAACGCCUUCCACCGGCUCGCGCCGCACCACGGCUUCCCGGAGCCAAUGAGGUUUCACUCGGCGAGCAAAAAGAUCGUCGCCCAGCUGCGGCGAAUGCACUGCACAGAGGAGAAGAGGUGCAUGGUGGUGUCCACCGUGCGAAAACCAGGUCGGCAGCUGGUGUCUCUCUACUUCCAGGGCCUCUGCGGCACGAAGCCGACGCCGAAGCCUUGCGAAGCCAUGCUGGCACUGGGCUUCGACGCGCUGAAGCUGGAGGUGGAGCGCUUUCUGCGGCAGAAGCUGCCGUCCUUCCAGGGCUGGUGGACGGAGAGCCAGCGGCGCCUGCGGCAGGGCGGCCUGAAUGUCAGCCUCGAGGACUUGCGCGGCGAGUGUGGGGAGUCCAAGUCGCCCCGAGGGACCUGGGUAUUGCUGCGCUUCGGGCAGUAUGAGGAGCAGCUGCGCAGGUGGUUCCCCACGGCGCAGAUGCCCCACAGCUUGGAUCACCGGCAGCGAAUCUACAAGCCGCAGUACGAGUGGAUCAUGUCGACCUUGGCGAACCGCUCCACUUGGCCUCUGGAUCUGCAAGAGAUGAUGGAAGGCUUGGAGACCAUGCGCUUCUUCUACCCCGGCCAGUUCUGGAUGUGAGCUCUGGGAAAGAUAUUUUUGGAUCCUGUUUUGCGGACCAAGGACCAAAUCCUGCGGUGCGGUGGUUUAAUCUGAUCCAUACCCACUGACCCACCUGGGAAUUGUAUGUCGACUGGGAACGAGGCCACCGUUAAGAAAGGAGAAGCUCGGUGCGACGAGCUCAAUCCAUCGGGUUUCCGGGGACGCCCUCCCCGCGUCGCGGGGGCUCGCCCGAGUCCCAGGGAGUCGAGGCGGGAACGCAGAGCCGGGUGAAACAAAAACUCCCAGGCCGAGAGAUCCCGCCUGACACAUUUUGGCGGGAAGUCUGGA